UGCUGAAUCGCUCUCCAAUCAAUCCCCAAAUCCACAAUCAAUCUCGCCGGCGCUCAUCCAGUUCAUUUCUCUUCAAUCGAUCGACGAAUUCGCCAAUCCGGCAGCCGAAUCGUCGAUUCCACAUGCCGAAUUCGUAGGCGAAGCUGAUCCCGAGCGAUGGAGGAGAGGGAAUCGAAGAGACCUAACGGCUUCAGCGCCUGCGGCGGCGCGUACCACACGGUGGGGGAGUGCGUGAUCCCGUACGUGCAGGACCCGCGCGACCGGGACGCGGUGUCGCUGGUGUGCAAGCGGUGGUACGAGAUCGACGCCAUCACGCGCAAGCACGUGACGAUGGCGCUCUGCUACACCGCCACGCCGCAGCGGCUGUCGCGGCGCUUCCCGCGCCUGGAGUCGCUGAAGCUCAAGGGGAAGCCGCGCGCGGCGAUGUUCAACCUGAUUCCCGAGGAUUGGGGCGGAUUCGUGACCCCCUGGGUGGAGGAGAUUAUCAGGUCGUUUUCGAGGAUGAAGGUGCUCCACUUCCGGCGUAUGAUUGUCAAGGAUUCAGAUCUCGAGCUGCUCGCGAAAUCGCACGGGAAGGUUCUCGAAGUUUUGAGGCUGGAUAAGUGCUCUGGUUUCUCUACCGAUGGGCUCUUGCUCCUAGGCCGAUUUUGCACGAAUUUGAGAAACUUGCUAUUGGAAGAGAGCUCAAUAAUUGAGAAAGACGGAGAAUGGCUGAAUGAGUUUGCAAGGAACAAUACAGUUCUUGAAAGUUUGAAUUUCUACAUGACUGAUCUCGUGAAAGUCAGAUCUAGAGAUCUUGAACAGAUUGCAAGAAGAUGCCCAAAGUUGGCCUCAAUGAAAAUUAGUGAUUGCGAUGUCUCAGACCUUAUAGACUUUUUCCGUGCUGCAGCUUCGUUAGAAGAGUUCUGUGGGGGAUCUUUUAGUGAGCCCCCUGGACAGGUUGGUGAAGGUGUUUUUAAUGAGCAAUUGGAAAGGUAUUCCAACGUUGUAUUCCCUAAUAAGCUAUGCCGCUUGGGUCUUACUUACUUGGGGAAAACAGAAUUGCCCAUUGUAUAUCCUGUCUCUUCCCGACUUAAAAAAUUGGAUCUCCUUUAUGCUCUGCUGGAUACUGAAGGCCACUAUCAGUUACUGCAAAAAUGCCCUAACCUGGAAAUUCUUGAGACAAGAAACGUCAUUGGAGACAGAGGAUUGGAGAUUCUGGGUGAAUUCUGCAAGAAAAUGAAAAGACUGAGGAUAGAGCGUGGAGCCGAUGAACAAGACAUGGAAGAUGUCGAAGGUGUGGUCUCCCAGAGAGGACUGAUGGCUCUGGCACAAGGAUGUCUCGAAUUGGAGUACUUGGCUGUGUACGUGUCCGAUAUCACAAAUGCAUCACUGGAGUGCAUGGGAACAUACUCGAAAAACCUAUGCGACUUUCGGUUGGUCUUACUGGACAGAGAGGAAAGAAUCACAGAUCUCCCUCUCGACAAUGGAGUCCGGUCUCUAUUAAUGGGUUGCCACAAACUGAGGAGGUUUGCAUUAUAUCUACGGCCCGGUGGCCUGAGCGACGUGGGUCUGAGCUACAUAGGCCAGUACAGCCGCAACGUGAGAUGGAUGCUUCUGGGAUACGUAGGAGAGUCAGACGAAGGCCUGUUGGAGUUCUCAAAGGGUUGCCCGAGCCUGCAGAAGCUGGAGAUGAGAGGGUGUUGCUUCAGCGAGCGUGCACUGGCAAUGGCAGCCCUCCAGCUGACUUCUCUGCGGUACUUGUGGGUGCAGGGGUACCGAGCAUCAGCAAACGGCCGCGAUCUGCUGGCAAUGGUGAGGCCGAACUGGAACAUAGAGCUGAUACCAUCGAGACAAGUCGUAGUGCAGGACCUGGAAGGAGGGCCGAUAGUGGCGGAGCAUCCAGCGCACAUACUCGCGUAUUGGUCCCUUGCCGGCCCGAGAACAGAUUUUCCAUCAACUGUGAGGCCCUUGGCACCUUGAAUCACACUUUCUUGUUACUUUUGUUUGCAUACACACUUUUUUUUUCCUUUAGUUGCCUUGUCUAUAGAUCAUGUCUUCUUCUUCUUCUUCCACUUUUUCUGAACUUUGAUCUAGAGAUUUUUAACUAAUAAAUUUUGCCUUGUAGAAGUGACUUCAAUAAUCUGAUUUCUGUAGGGCUAAAACAGGAUGUUGUUGUUUGUGUAUAAAUUGUAAAUACCUAAUUGUUUGAUUUCUUCCACAUUCUAAUUGCUUCAUGUGAUUGGUCA